AUGUCUGUUGACAAUUAUAAGAGCUUGAAAGAGGCCAGCAACAUACCUCCUUCCUUUUCUCACAUUUCCACUUACAGGACGAUAAAUGUACCUUUAUUCAGUCCUAAGAGAACAAUGGAUAUGAGCAGCCGAAGUCAGCUUAGCUCAUCCACUACUGUGGUCUCGCACAAAACUGAAGGUAACAUAGAUACCUCCGUCCCAAUUGAACAAUCUAAAGGCCCCAAUGAUUAUCAAAAUAGGAUACUUGUAAGCAUAAAAAGUGCUUUGAGGAGUACAGGAAAUUUCAUGUGGGAUAGUUUAGGAUGGAGUACAAAAUCUGCCCCAUCAGAUAAUAUAAGCGAUUCAAAAAAUGCAUCUGCUGCUGUUAAAAAGAGCAUGACUCAUAACCAAAAGUUCCCCGAGUAUUUCGUUAUGCCAAGAAAGAGCAGAAAACUUGCCAAUACCACGCCGGCUAAAAGUAAUGAGAUCAACGAAAAUUCGGGUCUCAACUCAAGCUUUAGUGAGGAGCCUGAAACAGAACGGAUCCUCUCAUUUUCAAAGGAUCCUUUUAAUUGGAAUAAAUGGAAAACCACCCAGAUAAGCUCCAGGAUAAGUAAUAUAGACUCUCAGUCGGCUCCCUACGGGACUACGCUUAGAACAAGAAAAAUAAAUCGAAAUCUUUCGUCAAGACAGAAUCAUUUGAUCCUAAGAGAUCAGUCUGAAGAUAUAGAAUACUUGAAGAUGAUCUACAAUGGUGAAUACAAGGUACCGAAAAUUAUUGAAAAUGAACGGGACGAACAAAUGAGGCUGAUGCAGGGGGAUAUGUCCAAGAAUAAGAAGGCAAAAAAAUCAAUUGUUGAUUUAACUGAGAAGAUAAAAAAUAUCUUGCUCGAAAGCAGAGACCGAAGGCAGACAAUUAAUGAUGAUUUAAUAUUUGUUAGAGAGCAGAAAGUCUCUCCACUGGAAAAGAAGAGGAAGGAAUAUAAUAUACAACAAUUGAGGUUUGAUAGAUCACUGCUAGAAUUUGAUAAAGAAUUUAAAACUUAUAACGAAUUGUUGGAGGAGAGAAAGCGCAUUCAAGAUCAAGUCAGAAAGAAGAUAGAACUGACAAAACAGAAGAGAUUGAUUCCAACCAUCAGUGAUACCGAUAAAAUCAAGGUCCAGACGAUUUGGAAAAAGCAGGAGAAUUUUGUAUUGAUGAAUAAAGACAAUCUGGAAGUGAAUGUACGAGAUUUCAAGACAUUGACCCCAAGGCGAUGGCUAAACGAUACUAUUAUUGAAUAUUUCAUGAAAUAUAUCGAGAAGCAUAAUGAAAGAAUGGUAGCGUUCAAUUCUUUUUUUUAUACGAAUUUAUCAGAACGUGGGUACCAAAGUGUCAGAAGAUGGAUGAAAAGAAAAAAAGCCAAGAUUACUGAUCUCGACAAAAUCUUUGUUCCAAUAAACUUGAAUCAAUCGCACUGGGCUUUGGGGGUGAUUGAUAUUGCCAGAAAAAGAGUUGUAUACGUUGAUUCUCUGUCGAACGGGCCAAAUGCGGUAAGUUUUGCAAUAUUAAAUGACUUACAAAAAUAUGUCGUAGAAGAAAGUAACAAUACCAUAGGAUCAGAUUUUGAGCUUGAAAAUUUGGCAUGCCCUCAGCAACCAAAUGGAUUCGACUGUGGUAUCUAUUUAUGCAUGAAUACGUUGUGUUUGAGCCAAGACUCUCCAUUACACUUUGAUCAAAAUGACGCCGUGAACAUGAGGACUUACAUUGGGCAUUUGAUACUGACUGAAGGAAUUCAACAGUAA